AUGCCUUGCGACGUCGAGGACCACGAGGGCUACCACAACUGGCCCGAGCAGGGCGAGCUGCGCAUCUGGCCGUGUGAGCGCGCCUGCGACUACUGCACCUUCCAGGCCCGCGACUCGUCUGCCCUUCGCGCCCACGUGCGUGAUGUCCACCAGCCGGGCGACUUUCCGCUCAUCAACAUCUUGCCGGGCCUGAACCGUCCGCCGGUCUUCAACCCUGCUCUCCAUGGCACCUCGCCUCGUCCGCGCCGCCAGAGCACCAUCAACGGCGCCCAAGCCGGCUAUCAGCCCAUGCUCAACGCCAACGACAUCGACGACGUCGUCCAGCAGGCCGAAGAGGACGCCGAGGAGCCCAUGGACGACCCGCCUGAGGAGCAAAAGCCCACCGACGACCCAGAUGACGACGAGUACCACGACGGUCCCAGCUCGUCGGCUGCCCGCGGCCGCAAGAUCCAGGCCACGCCCAAGGCCGUCGCCGCCGCCGAGGAGGCCAACGCCCGCAAGCGCAAGCGCGGCAACCAGCGCAUCCCCGGCGAGAUCUUCCCGGCCCGCAUGCCCAAGACCACCCAGAGGUCCCUCAUUCCCUACGGCCCGCCGCGCACCAUGCCCGGCGGCGGUCGCGGCGGCCUGCGUCCGCGCGGCGACCUGUCGCCCGACGAGGAGGACGACCUGGUCUCGUGGUUCAAGAGCAACAUCAACGGCAUGUUCCACCUCGGCCACGCUGCCGGCCUGAGCCGCCGCGACAUCGCCGUCGCCACCCAGGAGGUCGUCAAUCACUGGACCUUCAUGGAACUCGAGUAG